GCUCCGGAGCCACAAUUGGACUGUGAACUAGCGCGUCUUCAACUCUGCGGUAUACGUUUCACUAAUCGACCGGAACGAUUAAGCAGUCUUAUCGCGUCAAGUCAGCUCACUUGUUGUCUGGAUGAUAUUCGCCUGUCCGUUUGUGAUCCGCAUCUGGCUCGUGUGCAACCAGUGCUAGCUGUUCGUCGAGUCUCCGGUUACAUUCAAUCACUGGACGAUAAUAAACGGAAUUUGGCUGCCAAAUUAAUGCUCGGUCAAGCACAUCUGCUAAUCAGUCUGGAUCGUCUACUUGCCUUGCGACAUUUGAUCACAAUUUUACCAUCCAAAAGUGAAAGGCCACUAUCCAGUUCAGGCAUGGCAUCACCCACGCUCAAAGCUCUUUCCGGUUGCCCGGAACCCGUCAGUGAUUUCCAGUGGACCGUUGUGAACGCGUCCGAUCAGAUAAUCGUCUUUGAGCAACUGACCCACUCCGUUCCCGUGCCUUUGCCUAAAAUGUUCACUGUGCAUUCGACCACCUUGGACAGCCUGUUCCGUUUCCGUUUGGCCCCGGGUGAUCGUAUACCGUGGCGUCCAAUCCCUUUCCCCGGUCGCCUUCCAAAUCCGAACCGGCCGGUUUGCAUCCGGUUGCGUUUCGGUAUUGUGUUGCCAAAAAGAGGAGCAAAUCAGCCUGAACAUCUUUCGUGGUCCCGGGCCAUAGAGACUGCAUGGCCACCGUGUGAUGCACCAUCUGCGAGGAAGUCGAGCACACAUUCCCGUCAACCGGUGCUCGCUAUCCCAUUUCACUGGUCUUCGGAUAAUACGGACAACACAUCGAUGUCGCAGUCGAUAGAUCUUCCCGCCUUGGUAUUUGUAGUCAUGCGUGCGGAUUCCGAAUACGCUCCGGGAGAGUUGAUCAUUCAGUCGAAUCUGGUCGUGCGCAACUUGAUCCCCGCAAAUCUUCGACUGCAAGUUCAAUCUCUCUCUGUACCUGCCGACCCGUACAAGUCACCGACUCCAACCGAGCAAUCCAAUGAAACGUGGCAGACGACCUGUGACAAAUUGAUAUCUCACACGUACAACCUUUCUUCAGGCCCAUCCACAUAUGAUCUGUCUAUUUGGGGCUGUUCUACUUCAUACGAUACUUCUCCUGACCAUCUUUUGCGGCUACUUCUGUCCUCGGCAGAUUUGGACAAUACUAAUAAUGGAUCCUCAUCUUCAUGGUCUCAGCCCGUGCAAUUCCGUGUAACCCGACCGAAAGCAAAUUAUGCCUCUCUGUUAACCAGUCUACGUACUGUGGUUUCUAUCUCCCCCCCACCCGGUUGUUUGGAUGACGUACGCGGGCCGUUCUCCGUAAUUCUCACAGUCGAAUUUCGUUCGCUUGGACCAUUGGCGUUAGCGCUGUGUUUGUGCCCGUCUCAUUUCAACUGCAAAUACAUCCUAUUCAUCGAUNUUCAUCGAUACCCUUCUCUCCGGGAUGACGAAACGAAAUCCGACCCGAUCACCCCCUCUCGCCAACACCUCGUAGCACCGGUCGUUGAAGCAUCCACUCUACCCUCCGGGAAACCUGACAGUAUCGCCUUGACCGACUGGCCAGAAAUUCAUUUUACCCCGUACCAAUUGGCCUGUACCACGGAACUACUGCUGAGUGCAGUCACUGGUCCCAAUACCCCUCUGUUUAAUGAACCCAUUCGUUUGACCGCCGAUCAACUUCUUUCCCGAUUGGGCUCAUUUUGGAUUCAAUGCGACGAAAUUCACUCAAGCAAUGCUCGUGUUGAGUUUGUGAAGCAAUCUUCACCAAUCGUAUACACCACUGGCCGUUUAUUACCCAACUACUCCGGACCCGUUUUCGCGAAAUCGUCCGUGGACGUUUUCAAUUCUAUGCCUUACAACGCCCAAGUCGUUCUAUGCCCAGCCGUUCGUAUUGUGAAUCGUUCUGGUUUAGACCUUUUAGUCGAGUUUACUGCACCCGGGAGUCGAGAAACCGCGCUCAUUCGAUCCGUUCGUACGCUUACCGAUCGAUCGGUUUGUGCAAUGCCCAUCAAUCGGUCCUGGAUUCGUUUUGGCUCUCGUUCUAUGAACAAUGAGGAUUCGUGGUCCACAGAGACCCUAAUCCUUGAUCCUGCGGAGUUUUCCGCCGCAGUGUGCUCCUCUAUUGAACAGUUUGCCAAAUCGGGAAUUGUACGCUGUUGUAAUCUCAUCGCAGAACAGUCUUCCACUGACGACUCUCAUGCACCCACCUACUCUGAGUUCAAUCAGAUCCGACUUCUACCGACACAGUUGGGUGAACCGUCACAUGUAACCAUCAUUCUUCCGAAUCAAAUCGUUUGUUUAGCUGUUCGCCUCCUGGAAGAUAGUGUUGGAAAAUUUGGUGUACCGUUUUUUGUGUUGUCGGUGGAAAGUCGAGUCCACAUCGUGAAUCAUUCGAGGCUGCCACUAGAGCUCAAAUGUCUCGUGGUGCCUAUUCCGGUUACCUCAGACUAUCAAAUUACACCGGUAUCUGUCGCCAGCAUUAAAGGCACAUCGAUACUCCGCCCGUCGGAAGUGACUGUUAAUCGGAUUCCGUUACCACAGUGGAUAGAGACACAUCCCGCGUUGAUUGCCCAAAUGACUUGUGAACUUUUGUUCGCUAUCAGUUUUUCCAUGACCGCCGCGCAUCAUGCCGGCUGGUCUGCUCUCGUCUGUUUGCCCGAAUUGACUGGUGUAGGUGAAGCGGAGACCAGGCAGCUUGGCGUGUCAUAUCCGGACCAGACCACCACAGUACGCCACGUCUCUGUACCGUGUGAACAGACAGUCAGAGAAGUUUUUGUUCAAACAAUCAUUGAUCCGAACCGCGGCACGGCCACAUUACACGUGUACUAUCUGCCGUGGCAAAUUGAUCUGUCCCCGGUGGCAGUCGAACUGAUUAAUCGUACCCAGUACAAUUUGGCUUUCCAGCUGACUGAACCGGAUGAGCCCGAACGAUUGCGAUUUGUUCGAGAUGUCAUUUGUGACGGGAUUGUCGAAGCCGUGCCAAUCUUGCCACGUGCGUCGGGUCGUAUCUGGUGGAUACCUCCACUCGCUGUCACCAAUCUCUUCACACUGAUCUCGUUCGAGGGCAAAAGUUCGAGCGCCACUCCGUACAACUCUUUUCUAAAUGUGGAUCAUUUGGAUCAAAUCGAGAUCAACGUUUAUUUGCGAUCUGAGCAUUUGAAUCUCCUAACACGAACAGGACUUCGUCAGUUGUGCGAACAAAGUACGGAUCGAAUCCACCGAAUUGAUACCGAGUUUCCUGAGGUGACACUUUAUGUAUGCACCAGAAACUGUUCUGUCACGUCCGGGUUACAACUGGAAUUCAGCGACUGCGCUAGUUCAUCAAACGUAGUCGGUGAAACCCAAACACACGCAUAUUAUCUUACCGGUGCGAUUGAAUUCAACCGGUUUGCCGUCAGUCUUCUCGGAUGUGCUUCGCUUGUGGCAUCCUCCAAACGCCACCAAACUCUGCAUCGGCUACGUCAAACGUGUAUCGAUCACCCGAAGGACGAAUUCUUGAGACUCACUCUCCGUCGUCCUCACUUGUUUGUGUGUGCGCAUAGGGAUGAGUCUGAUAUCCAACCCAUAUCUCGACGAGUGUGUAUGGAUAUAGAUCUUUCGGUGCAACAUAUCCAAUUGGACAAUUGGGCCCAAGCCUGGACCGCAUCGUACGAUUUCCCCGUCCCAUUUGCGACCACAGAUGUGACCCGGUUGCGAGCUCGUUUAUCCAGUUGCUCCUUGUCAUCACUCCUAACUGCUCCCGUCAUCGCUGUGUUUCUCUAUCCCAGUCCCUGUGUGAUUACUUUGGAAGAUCGCUUUGUAUACGACUUAUGCAGCCUCGUGGACAAUCUGUUUUCUAUACAGUCACCGCGGGGCAGGUACAAACCACCACCACCACGGAGUCUCCGGAAACCCCUUUUGAUUCAAUGCAUUCAUGUGCACCAGUUCACUGCCCGUGUGAGUUUACGAGCCAUGCUUCGCUUCUAUCUAUCUUGUCACGAUGCGCCACUUACUCUGGGACCGUUUGAUCUGUUUACACCGCGCACAGUUUCCGGUUUUGCUAUCCCCGUGGCCGAAUUACGACGUCUGCUCGUGAUGCACUAUUUCACUCAGGCUAUCUUUCGAGCCGGUUGGCUUGUAGGCAGUUUAGAUAUGCUGGGGAAUGUGACCGGAUUGCUUCAGUCCUUGGCGCAUGGAAUAGAUGACCUGAUUCAUUUGCGAACAUCUUCGAUCAUCAGUUCGGACAAAGAGGAUAGAAGAAAACAUGAUUGGGCACUGGUAUCAGAUAAGGAAAGCCGUGAGACAAUGAUGGCCAUGUCUCUGCAAAUGGAUAGCAAUACACAGUUGGAAUACGUGACUUUGGGCGCAACCGAAUCCUCACCAGGUGCCCCUCCGGAAUCAGUGGACAAUGUCACAGCCCAGCUGGGUGUGCUUCGUCGUUUGGGCGCUGGUUUGAAUUCGCUGGCUCGUCACACGACAGGUGGUCUUCUGCGAUCCGUAACAGGGAUGGCAGCCAGCAUGGCACGUAAUCUGGAUCAGCUCAGUCUCGACCCGCAUCACCAACUGUUGCAAGAACAACUGCGUCGUCGUGAAAUCCCUCGUUCAUUUUCCGAAGGAGUACUGACCGGUUUAAGCGGAUUCGGACUUUGCGUGUUGGGCGCACUAGCUGGUGUGGCCGAUCAACCUCUACAGGCCUUGUUCACUGCUAUGGAUCAACCCAGUCCAGAAGAACUUCAGCGUACUGAUUCGAACUCAUCGCUGGCUUUGCGCACAUUAGGUGGAAUCGGUCGGGGACUGGUAGGAGCAGUGGUCAAACCGAUCGCAGGUGCUGCGGAAUUCAUCGCCCAAACCGGAACCGGCGUAUUGCAAAGCAGCAAUUUGAGCUACGGAGCCGCGAGCACAAUACGAAGAUUAGAUGGGUGA